AAACCCAAUAUAGGAGCCUUGUUUAAGCUGACUGGUCAGUGAUUUGGAGAAGAAUUGAAAUUGCAAGCCACAUCCAGUAUUAGGUUCAACAGAGGAAGUGAGAUUUCAGAAAGCAAAUGGGGAAGCUUAGAGCCAAAUCCGACUAUGAAAGUCUAAGGAAUGCUCGCAUCUUAGAGAACCAGACUCGAUUAGCCUCCCUCGGAGUGCAGAAAACCAUCUCCGACCUAAGGUCUUCUGCAAAACCAAAGAAAGAGGUCCGAAAAUGUGAGAAGAAAGAGUGCGAUAACACGCCUGUGCACCGCUCAAUUCGUUUCAAAGGACCCGCUACCAAUUCUUUGCGUAGAUCUAAGCGGCUCACAGGUAAUAAAAAAAUCCAGGAAGAAGGGAGUAAAUUUUUUUCCAGCCAAGGGAAAGAAAAAGGGCCUGCAGUGAUAUUAAAUGAUGCGGCUUAUCAAUUAUCGCCACACGACUCUGCACGGCGUUGCCGUGGUAAGGAAGGGAGGUGCAGUGUUUACAAUCCUGUGUUUGGAAUUUGCUGCCAUUUCUGCAGUUCACUAUGCUUGAAGAAUCGAAAGAUGGCUACAACAGGAAUAGCAAUUUACAGAGCUCGAGAGCUGGGAUACAAAGCUGAUGGAUGAGCUUCAGCGUAGAAAUCCUUCAAGAUUGAUAUGCAGCAAGUGAUUAAAGCCUCCUUAAGAUUUUCUUUACAAGGUGAAAUCUGCCAUAUUCUUGUAAGGGAAUCAAUCACUGUGCUUGACAUUUUUCUAUCUACCAACUGGAAUAUUUGUGAGAUGUAUGUAGUAAGCACUCAAUUAUCUGAAUUCUGAAGCACUCCAAAUCAUAACGGAUCGUUCUAUUGAAGAAUGUCAACUAAAGAUACAAGUUUUGAAGCAAAAA